AUGGCGUUCCCUUUCAGAGUUGUCGAACAUAUCAUUCCCGGACAACAUAUCCGGGAAAAUCCCCAUGCCCUUAAAGGACGCCAGGAAACCGCUUUGAAGCUUGCGGUUAAGCAGUAUAUCCCACUCGACCAGACAGUCCCUCUUCCCGAAAAUGCUGUGACAAUCAUCGGGGCGCAAGGAAACGGAUUCCCGAAGGAGACAUAUGAGCCGCUGUGGCAGGAUCUCUAUGCUCGGCUCAGGAAGUGCUCAAUUCCAGUGCGUGGCAUUUGGAUCGCCGAUGUCUCGCACCAAGGCGCAAGUGGUGUCUUGAACGAACAUGUUCAGGGUGAUAAUCCACAUUGGCAUGACCAUUCCCGGGAUCUGAUGCAUAUGAUCAAUCACUUCCGCGACGAUAUUGCUCGUCCGAUUAUCGGAGUCGCCCAUAGCAUGGGCUGUGCACAGCUCGUCCAGUUAUCCAUUAUUCAUCCGCGUCUUCUCUCAACACUUAUCCUCUAUGAGCCUAUCAUCUUCGGGGAGUCAUUCGAGGGUCCGAACCCCGCAAUUAUGGCAGUGCUGCGUCGAGACCUGUGGCCUUCGCGGGAAAAGGCUGAAAUGCAGCUCAAAAAAGGACUCGCAAAGUGCGAUCCCCGUGUUGUAGACCGCUACCUUCAGUUCGGUCUACGUCCUGUGCCAACGCCCCUCUACAAUCCCGAGGACAACCUCGAUAUUCCCAAGUCGGCCGUCACACUAACCACCAGCAAGCAUCAAGAGGCGUGGACUUAUACCAUUCCCAAUCUCGAACCCGAAUCAGCAGGGCUGGACGACCUCCUGCUUCCUGGUUGGGAUCCGGUCGUUGAGCGUCCUGCUGCGUUCGCCCGUCCAGAAGCCUGGGCGGCGUUUCGGUAUCUGCCAUUUGUGCGACCUAGUGUAUUCUGGGUAUUUGGUGGUCGGAGCCGGUUUUCUCCCCCCGGUGCUCAACAGUCCAAGCUACGAGCCACCGGAACAGGCAUUGGAGGAAGUGGAGGCGUGGCUAAGGGGAUGGUAGAUAAGGCAGUUUCACCAAAGGGGACGCACCUGGUUGUCUUUGAGGAAGUGGAUUGGUGUGCGGAAGUCGCGGCAACCUGGAUUGAGAAGUGGUUCGAGCGAUAUCUGAAGGAGGAGGAGUUCUGGCGAACAUAUCAGAGCAAGAAGUCGGACACGGAAAUGCUUAGGAAUUCCGAGGCCAGUAUCCGGGUGGCUAAGAUGGCGAUGGGAGCGUCUCGAGGGGAUACCAAGGGGAAGCUGUGA